AUGCGUAAGGGCCCCAAGAACCUCACUAUUGGAGUUAAGCUACCAGACCAUCACAUACAGGAGACUCCAGGACCAGGGACCUAUGAAACCCAACGGGCUUUUGAGGUAAAGCCAAAGGCACUCUCGUUCUCCGACAGGCAUGCAGAUCCUUAUGAGCAAGAACGCCUAAUGACGCCGAGUCCGACACGUUACAACCCGUCUUUAUCCCUGAAGCAGGUUCAGGAUAAGGUUUUGCCAUGCACGUUCAAGUCCAGCGUGACUCCACGAGGCCCAUUUGAUGAUCUGGCCCACACGCCAGGUCCGUCAGCAUACUCUGUCAAUGACAGCAUGACAACACCUCGUGCAAGCAGGGCUUGUAUCGGAAAUAAGCAACCGGUUAGCUAUGACAAUCAGGUCCCUGGCCCUGGUUCAUAUGAUAAUGUUAUGAAAGAGUACAUAGAGAUGACGACACCAUCAUCUCCUGCUUUCACUCUGCACGGGAAGCUUGAACACGGCGGACCAUUUGACGUUCAUGCGGUGAGGGAAUAUGCCUCCGUAGGCCCAGGAACAUACACACUGGACAAGCUCGUUAGCAACGGCGGACUUAUUUUGCCCCACGCUGCCAAUCUUUCUGGUAGACAUCCCGAUCCUCUCGAAAGGGAAAAACAGCUUACGCCAGGCCCGGGCUCAUAUUUCAAGGAAGGCGCUGGCGCACAGACAACUCCGCAAUACGAUCCGCUGGGGACCAAGGGAUGCAAAUUUGGAGUACGGCCUGCAGAUCUUACCUUCAUCUCAUCACAGUCUGGAUUAGGAACACAUGAUAAUACUGCCGUGGGUCCAGGGACUUACACACCUAGAUCAGUGACUCCGCGCACUCCUGGGGGCGUACUGAGCUUCAAGCACGCAAAUCCUUUACGAACCCUUGGAGAUGGGCCUGGUAAAUAUGAUAUUAGCAGCGCAGUUACCGCAACGCUUCCCUCGUCACCGCAGCCGACUAUGCAUAACGGUCGGGCCAACGACUUAAACAGCCCAUUUACAACCCGCUUUGAUUGCAGCUGCCUAGGUGGGCCUGGUACAUAUGCUUUGGGGGAGAAGCUUCGAGGUAGUAGGCUUCGGGGUGCGCGCGCACUGAUCUCUAGCGACACUUCACGAGGGUCUUCUAGUGGUAGGGUAGGCCCAUCAAUUGGGAUACGAUAUACACGGAUACGGCAGCAGAAUACUCCUGGGCCGGGUGAGUAUGACAUAUCUUCAGCGCCGCGUGGACCCUCGUUCUCAUUUAGAUCCCGCACCCCUUUGGCGGUAGGAACAGGUGAGCCUAUGAAGUAA